AUGGUCAUCUACUCCUUUUACAUCUUUGACCGACAUACGGAAUGCAUAUACUCCAAAACCUGGCUCCCACCCCCUCCCGUCCCAGGGGCAACACCACAACAACAACAUGAUGCCCCCAUGAUAAGCACUACCGGCGCCGCCGUCAACACACCCGACUCUCAUCAUUAUUCGAAUCCAAACGCGCUACGCAGCGGACGCUCGGCGGUCAGCGCGGCCAACAAAGCGUCGGACGACGCCAAGCUGAUUUUCGGCACCGUGUUCUCGCUGCGCAACAUGGUGCGCAAGCUGGGCGGCGAGGACGACGCGUUUAUUUCCUACCGGACCGCCCAGUACAAGCUGCACUACUACGAGACGGCGAGCAACCUGCGGUUUGUCAUGUUGACGGACACAGGGACGCUGAGCAUGCGGAAUGUGAUGCAUCAGAUUUAUAUCAAUUUGUGGUGUGAAUAUGUGGUCAAAAACCCUCUUUCACCCGUCGAACACAAAGGCGGCGCCGGCGUCAGGAACGAGUUAUUCGAGCUGGGCUUAAAUCAGUUUAUCACGGGUUUGAUGUGA